AUGCUUUGCACUCAUAGUGAAAAUCACAUUGAAGUGACCGGUAUUGUUCGGGGACCACCACGAGUGUACACAAUGCCCACGGGACGUCAGUAUGCCAUCGUGAAGCUCUCUACUACAAGUGGUAUGCUUUCCAUCACUUCGUCGACCUCGCAUUUUGCUUUGAUGCUUGAAAAUCACAUUGAAGUGACCGGUAUUGUUCGAGGACCACCACGAGUGUACACAAUGCCAACAGGACGUCAGUAUGCCAUCGUGAAGCUCUCUACUACAAGUGCUGAUCGGCGAGGCAUCACACGUUUCGUGUCUUUUGUCGAUGUGUUCACACCGAAUAGUGCCGUCGAUUACAUCAAAGAAAACAUACGCGAAGGCGUGCAGGUAUACGUAAGUGGUCAGCUUCGGAGUAGAAUGCGCACGGAUGAGGAUGGCCGACCGUUCCAAGAUAUCCGCAUUCAGGCAAAUGGACUUUUCAAAAUAGUCGCACCAAGGAAUUUGCCGGAAGAAAGUAACAUAGCUGUGGAAAAAAGGGAUUCAGUGACUUCCGAAUCGAAGCAGCAGGAUGCUUCUCAGGAAACUUCUGCUAAAACCGCCUCUUCCGAAUGA